UUUACGGACAUAAGGGCAGGACUAGAGACUGCAAUGAAACAGCGACAGGGGGGUGUCUGAGAGGGAAGUGUAGAGGAAGAAUAACUGGCAUUGCUGGGCGGAACAGUCGCUGAAAAUCUGACAGACAAGAAGUGCCGCGCAGUUCUCGGUGCCCUCCGGUGCACUGUGUCUCUGUUGGCUGGGAUCAGGAGGCGAGGAGCAGCUGAAAUAUCUCACACUAUCAACAUUUCCGAAUGCAUUGAAACGGAUGAGAAAAGCUCGCUUGAAUUAACCAAAGCGACUGGAACGCGAUCCAAUUAGACAAAAAGCUCUUCGAAAAUGAAGCAAAAACACGAGGCAGCGUCACUUUACUAAAACAACAAAUCAAACCGAACCCAACAGAUAAGAAUACUCAAAAUCAUAUCUAUGUACGUCUAAGAGUGUGUGUUUGAGUUGGAGUGUGAAUCUAUGUUCGUAUGCAGGGAUGGAGUGGUCUUUAGAGCGGAUGAGGGAAUGGGUGGCAGGUGGCAUGCAGUCGGUGCGAGAGUGUGAGACCAGUGCUCUAGGCACUGCUCUUUGUCUCGCCUUUCUGUUUAUCUGGUACUGCUACCGCGUGGGAUGCGAGCACGCCGUCCCUUCGCUCCGUGGUGGUUUCAGCCCAGAGCCACGUGGCGGAGCCCUACCUGGUGGAGUUCUCGCCUCGGAUCUCUCGGCCCGCGGAGGCUCGUCGAAACUCCGUCAGGUCGGAGGAAGCGGUGUCAGCGAGGAAGAACUCAACGGCUUCGCCUACUGCCAGUCAACUGAAUGCUUCCGUUGCUCCAAGCCUGGCGAGGGCCUGAACCAGCGGCUCUACCAUAGCCUGCAGGAGUACGCCAAGCGCUACACCUGGGCCGGCAUGGGCCGCGUCCACAAGGGCGUACGCGAGCAGGGCCGCUAUCUGCUCUGCAGCCGGCCCUCCAUCCAGAAACCUGAGGUCUUCUUCCUACCGGACCUUCCCUCGGCUCCUUUCUUCUCACGGGAGGCGCAGAAGCAUGACGUGGAGCUUCUGGAGAGAAGUUUCCCUGCACUUCUGGCCGAAUUCGAGAGCGUGUACCGGCUGCCGUCCAGUCGGACCGGCUCCUCGCUUCCACUGGGCUGGAAGGCCAACAGCACACCCCGUGGCCAGUGGUGGACCUUCUAUCUGGUGAACCAGGGAACUCCGAUGGUGCUGAACGCCAGGCGGUGUCCGCGUACGUGGAGGGUGCUCGGCCAGCUCCGUACCUUUAUUGCGAAUAAUGUGUUUGGAAACGCCUGCUUCUCAGUGCUCAGUCCUGGAACAACCAUCACUGAACACUACGGCCCAACCAACGUACGCCUGCGCUGCCAUCUUGGACUGAAGGUGCCCUCUGGUUGUGAAUUGGUAGUUGGUGGAGAGCCGCAGUGCUGGUCUGAGGGAAGCUGCCUGCUGUUCGAUGACUCUUUUCUUCACACUGCAUUUCAUGAUGGUUCUGCAGAAGAUGGCCCGAGAGUCGUGUUCAUGGUGGACCUGUGGCAUCCAAACGUGGCAGCAGCCGAAAGACAGGCACUGGACUACAUCUUCACCCCUGGACGCUGAAAGAGAGCUGGGAGAAGAGUAAAGGGUUAACAAUUUCCAUUGUAUUAACAGUAUGAGAUGAGUGCAAAGGGAAAGACAGAGUGUGGAGAGCAUCAGUCUCUUCCUCUAGUAUACGUACCUUUACUCUCACUUAACUUCUUGGCACUGCUUCAGUAGAGACUCCGAUGUACCGUCACUAUUGUACAUUUAUCAAUGUUUACAGACCUCUUCAAGUUUAACCAUAGCCAAAACCUGCUGGUGAACUGUGCUUGAGACAAAGCCCUCGCAAUGUUCAUGUUGUUCUUACAAUUUAGCUGCAGGGUCACUUUAUACCCAGUGAGUGUCAUAGUAUCAUUUCACCAAAAGCAUUGACAGUCAAUCGCACAUGGAAAUGCACUUUUUGCCAAGCCUGGUUGCCACAGCUAGGUAGGAUUGUAUAGGAAGCACAGUACAAUGUUUGGUCUGUACAUUUUUACUGAGGUUAGGCUUACAGAAGCGAAGCUAAACAGUCGUAAAACGACAUAUGCUGCAAUGACAGUGGAUUUGACAUUUACAGCAAAGGUAUGUGGAUAUAUGGCAGAGAUGGUAUGCGAAGUGAACUGAAGCACUUCCAGCUAUUGUGUAAAAUGACCUCCUCCAUUAAACGCACUAGUGGCAAGUUAUUUUUCUGCCACGUCCAAGUCAGGGUCGGAUCGUUGCGAUGGGGAUGAAUACGAGCACAUCAAAUCAGCCUGCUUUCCACUUUACUCUUUCCUACCUUGAAUUUUCGAAACGAUUCAAAACUUAUCAAUCACUUUGUAUCUCUGUGAAACUAAAGAGGGACAGGGCGCUUCAUAUUUUCCGGAAAACGCAACGUUAUGGCUGUUAAUAUGUGCUAGGUUCAACCUUAUUGUGCUUUGUCGUACUGCUUGUAAGCAGAGCUUUCGUGGUUGUCGCAUCGAUAUGGGUACAUUCCUUUUGUAAGACAGACCGUUUUGAGACCGUUUCGUGAGCAGUGACAUUUUAUAUCAUUGUGAGACUUUUGGAGUUGCAGAUCAAUUUUAUGACAAUGUUCCUACUUCCAUGUUUCCAAAUUGUGUGUCAUGGACUCACUUUGCAAUGGAUUGAGUAAUUCUGUUGAUUUAAUAAAGAACUAAUUCAA